AUGGCCUUCCUCUUCGACAAAGUGCACAAAGCAGUGCAUGAGAUUGGCAACGAUCUCAAAGACAAGUUCUCCGAGCAUGGACAGACUCAAAGCGCAGGCGCAAACGAGCAAUCUGGUCAAAGCAAUUACAAUGAUCCGCAUAGCACGCAUCGCUUCCAGAGCUUUGCACCACACAGGAUUGGAAAUGAAGUCAAGUGGUAUGUCGACGGCGCUGGAUAUAUGCAUGCUGUAAGCAUGGCACUCGAAAGAGCUCGCGAUUCAAUCUGGAUCAUGGACUGGUGGUUAUCGCCAGAGCUGUACCUAAGACGUCCUCCUGCUCAGAACGAACAGUACCGUGUUGAUCGCAUGCUGCAAGCUGCAGCUGAAAGAGGAGUUCAAGUCAACAUACUCAUCUACAAGGAAGUCACUCAAGCCUUAACUCGUAAGUGUCUGAAUCCUAUUUUACCAGAUUUCUUACAAUCACUUCUUCCACGCUCGGUCGACCGCGUUUCUUCGGCUCUGAUCCGAUUUGGAAUGGACGUGACUUUCAAAUCUUUAGAAAUUCUCGAGGAGACGAAUCCACUAAUCGACCCCCCUAUCACAGUCUCUUCGGCGCAUACUAAGCAUGCUCUUGAACAACUGCACCCCAAUAUUCGUGUAUUCCGUCAUCCUGAUCAUCUUCCGGACACACAGGUCCUGACUUCGUCGUUCUUGUCGUCUAUACAAGGAAUGAAGGCCACCGCAGCCAAUCUGGCCAAAUUACCUGGCGAUGCCAUCAAGUCUGUCUAUGGUAUGAACGAAGACACUGUUCUCUUUUGGGCCCAUCACGAGAAGGCAUGCCUUAUCGACAGCCAUAUAGCGUUUAUGGGAGGCUUGGAUUUGUGCUAUGGUCGUUGGGAUACCAACCAGCACUCAAUUGCCGACGCCCACCCCAGUGAUCUCAACCAAAUCAUCUUCCCGGGGCAGGACUAUAACAAUGCACGAAUCUUAGACUUCAGUGACGUCGCCCAUUGGGAUCAAAAUAGGCUUGAUCGUCGCUACAACUCUCGAAUGGGCUGGUCCGAUUUGUCCAUCUCUCUCACAGGACCUGUUGUGGAAGACCUCCGUAGACACUUCGCCGAGCGUUGGAACUUCAUUUACAACGAGAAGUACAGGUCUAAGAACGAUAAUAAUAGAUAUGGCCCUCUACAUGUCCCAGAGUCAAGAACAGGAGUUGUUCAUCAUGAGUACCCCUCCGCACCCGGAGCUCCACUUCCUGAGCACAUGCGUGAACGUAUGAUGGAACGCUGGGAAGAAGGUCGCGAACGCAUGGAAGGUUUCAGGGAACAAGUGAGACACCACUUCCCUUACAGCGGACACCCACCACCUCCACCUCCUGGAAUGCCUUGCCAAAUCAUGAGAUCCUGCUCAAAAUGGUCACACGGCACCAAGACUGAGCACUCAAUCCAAAAUGCUUAUAUUGAGGUGAUCCUAAACAGUCACCAUUUCAUCUAUAUCGAGAACCAGUUCUUCAUUACAGCCACUGGUGAUUCGCAACGCCCUAUCAAGAAUCAGAUUGGCGCUGCUAUAGUCGAACGUAUAGUUCGUGCUGCGCGCGAGAGAGAGCCUUAUCAUGUCAUUGUCAUCAUGCCUGCCAUCCCUGCCUUUGCUGGUGACUUGAAAAGCGACGAAGCACUGGGCACGAGAGAAAUCAUGGAGCUCCAAUACGACAGCAUCAACAGAGGCGGCCACAGCAUCAUGGAAAGCAUUGCAAGAGAAGGCAUUGACCCCAUGCAAUACAUCCGUUUCUACAACCUUAGAAACUACGACCGCAUCAACUCGAGUGGAGCCAUGCGCGAGGCAGAACAGCAAAGUGGUGUUAGCUACGAUGAUGCGAGACAAGACUACGACCAGCGAUACGGUGGAAGCGAAGGGUACGCCCAGGAGGGUGCUUACAACAAUCAGUAUCAACAGUAUGAUGGAGGAGCCUACGAGCAAGGCGGACAGUACAACCGCUUCCAGCGUUACCAGCAGGCUACCCAAAACUUGAGUAACCAUUCAGGCCUCGGUAGCGGACGCUGGGACUCGGUCGCAGAGUGCUACAUGCUCAAUGGCGAGGAUAUUCGUAAUGUACCUUGGGAAGAUGGCACGACUGACGAGAUGGACGCAUUCGUGUCUGAGCUGCUCUACGUACACAGCAAACUCUUGAUCGCUGACGAUCGGGUCGUCAUUUGCGGUUCAGCCAACCUGAACGACCGCAGCCAGUUGGGUGACCACGACAGCGAGAUCGCAAUUUGCAUCGAAGACCCCCGCGAGAUCGACUCUUACAUGGCUGGUCGUCCUUGGAGGGCAACCGAGUUUGCUGCCAGUCUUCGUCGACAACUCUUCCGCAAACACCUCGGACUGCUGCCAGCCCAAGAUUUCACCAGACCCGAUCGCAAUUUCGAGCCUAUCGGUGUACCCAACACAUACGACUGGGGAAGUCGUGAGGAUGAGGCUGUGAUUGAUCCAUUGAGCUUGGACUUCUUGUCCUUGUGGAACACCACUGCUCGCACCAACACCGAGGCGUUCGAGCGUGUCUUCCAUCCCGUACCUUCUGACAAGGUUCACAACUGGAAACAGUAUGAUGAAUACUUCUCGAGAUUCUUCCCUACCGGUAAGGACGCCAAGGAAGAACGGGGCAAGGAUGCAGAGAAGCCCAGCCAGUGGAAGCUUGGACACGUUGUAGCAGAGGAAUUUCCUGAUGGCGUGGCAGAGGUCAAGGACGUGUUGAGCAUGAUUCGUGGUACGCUGGUCGAGAUGCCACUGCUCUUCCUGAAAGACGAGGACAUUGCAAAGGAGGGUCUCACACUCAAUGCCAUGACGGAGGAGAUUUACACCUGA